AUUCAGAAAGCAUUGGUGCCCAGCUCUAGUGUGAGGGUACAAUGCACAUAGGUGAUAUAUCAUACAAUGAAGUUGUCCAUUUGUUGAAAAGUCGUUUUUGAAAAACGACAAGUAGUUAUCCACAUAAUAAAAAGGCAGGAAUAAGAAAAAGGCAGAGGCAGGAGCAGGGCAAAUGGCAAAAACGAGAGGAAUAGGUCUCAGGGACGAGAAGUCACAUGAGAGCUAUUGCUUCUGAUACAAAGAUGAAGAAAAUGGAGCCUGAGACAUUAAUUGCUACUACAUUAUUAGCUAAUGGCAUCAGAAAUCACCUGUCUCUUCAAUCUAAUGUCUCCAUCUCAUCUCCACUUCAUCCUCCUAAACAACCCUUUGUCAUUGGUGUUGCUGGUGGUACUGCUUCGGGCAAAACAACUGUUUGUAAUAUGAUCAUUUCUCAGCUCCGUGAUCAAGGCGUUCUUCUUAUCAACCAAGAUUCUUUUUAUCACUCUCUCAGUGAUGAGCAAUUGGAAAAAGUUCAAGAAUACAACUUUGACCAUCCUGGUGCCUUUAACACAGAGCUUCUUCUUUCAUGUAUGGAGAGAUUGAAAAAUGGACAUGAAGUUACAAUUCCAAAUUAUGAUUUCAAAACCCAUAAAAGCACAUUAGUGGGACAAAAGGUUAAUCCUUCAGAUGUAAUCAUCUUAGAAGGAAUACUAAUUCUUCAUGAUCCUCGAGUUCGUGAGCUUAUGAACAUGAAGAUCUUUGUAGAGACAGAUUCUGACUUACGACUUGCACGAAGAAUUAAACGCGAUACUGUUGAAAGAGGAAGAAAUAUUCAAAACGUGCUCGAUCAAUAUGCAAGAUUUGUAAAGCCUAGCUUUGAAGAAUUUAUAUUGCCAUCAAAGAAAUAUGCAGACAUUAUAAUUCCUCGAGGAGGAGAUAAUGCAGUUGCAAUUGACUUGAUAGUUCAACAUAUCCAUACAAAGCUUGGCCAGCAUGAUUUGUGUAAAAUAUAUCCAAAUGUUUUUGUUAUAUCCUCAACAUUUCAGAUACGUGGGAUGCACACACUGAUCCGUGAUGUCAAAACAACAAAGCACGAUUUUGUAUUUUAUGCAGAUCGACUGAUUCGAAUGGUUGUCGAACAUGGUCUUGGUCACCUUCCUUUCACUGAAAGACAGAUUACAACUCCGACAGGAUCAAUUUACCCUGGAGUUGUUUUCUACAAAAGAUUGUGUGGUGUAUCGGUCAUUAGAAGUGGGGAGAGCAUGGAGAAUGCUUUAAGAGCAUGUUGCAAGGGAAUCAAAAUCGGUAAAAUCCUCAUCCAUAAAGAGGGUAGCAAUGGACGGCAGUUAAUUUAUGAGAAGCUACCUGCAGACAUCUCAAGCCGUCAUGUCUUAUUGCUCGAUCCAGUUCUUGCUUCAGGAAACUGUGCGAUUAAAGCCAUAUCUCUGCUGCUAAGUAAGGGCGUUCCAGAAUCUAACAUUAUCUUCCUUAACCUUAUAGCAGCACCUCAAGGUAUUCAUGCAGUUUGUAACAAGUAUCCAAAGGUAAAGAUUGUAACAUCAGAAAUUGAUGCGACAUUAGACAAUGAUUUUCGUGUGAUCCCAGGCAUGGGGGUGUUCGGAGAUCGUUACUUUGGCACUGAUGAAGAGUAACACUAACAUAAAGAGUUUCAUCAGAACAGUUAAAAGAUAACAGCUUCAGUUCUGGAUAACUAGUUCUUGUUUCCAGCAUUUCAACUCCUUUUUUGCUCUCCUCUUCCCUUGCUGUUUGCACUUGAUCAAUUUUGUUUCAGUUUAUUUAUGGAGGAUAAAAUUUUGUUAGGAUAAUAUAGCAGCGGAUCAAGGAUAAACUGACGAAAAGCAGUUAAAUCCAAAAUGUGAAUUGUGCUUAAAGCACACUAGCAGUCUGCAGAGGAGGGGGUUUUACCUUUCCUGCCACAUAAAAACAUCAUCCAGUUUUGUGAUCCUUGUUUAAUUUGAUAAUUUGAGGUUAUUUACUUUUCUUUUUUCUGAUAAA